AUGAACAGCAGCAAUUUGGAUCUAAAUCUUUCUGGUCUCCGGAUCGACGUUGGUCUUGAGAGUGGUUUAUUGAAACUACCGACCGAAAUGCAUCUUGAUAUCAUCGGUUAUAUUUCACAAAUACCGGACGGAGAUAGCGAAACCUUGAGAAGUCUUGCACACACUUCAAAACACUUUUAUACCCUCUGUUUUCAGGAACGAUUUGAGAGUAUUAUAUUGGGCCCCAUGGCUAUUAAGGUGUUUCAAGAGGGCGGAUUGGUCGGCGCGCAAGGGAGGAAAUAUGUUCGAGCUUUACGGUUCGAAAAACCUUGGGAUACCGAUUGGAAGUCUAUCAAACCCUUGUCCGCGAUCUGGAUGAAGCCACAUAGCAAGGAGCCCAUGGAAGAAUACUUCGCUUCGAUUUGUGCCUCUAUCGAAGCUCUAAACCUCGAUCUUUUCCCGAAUGUUCGAAAACUUUCUAUCUCCUACUUUCUCCCCAAAUGCGCUGUGAAUAACGUUUUUGUCGCAGCACUUCGUGGGAUUGCCGGUAGCAGUUUUCUCAAUAUCUUGGAAGAACUGGAGAUUCAGGUUUUUGAUAAGCUGGCUUUUGAGUUUUCCGACUUAUCAUAUACGGAAUUUUAUGAAAAGCUAUCGGAAUCGCAUCAAGAGUUGCUUAUAUCGAGAGAACUAUACUUUGAUAGGGUUUGGUUGUGGAUUAAGACAGUGAUGCCGGAGUUACCGGCUUUGAAAGUGCUAAAGAUCUUCCACAGCUCGAUUGCUAGUCCUUUGGAUCAAUUUGAAACGGUUCGUUUUUUUACAACUGCGUUUUUCUAUCUGCUGUUGAUGCUGGCCCCUCGAUUGGACGAACUGCACAUUGGAUCUGGGAAUCCUGAACUUCGGGUAGAUUAUGAACCUGACUGGCCUUUCGAUAGUAGUUGGGAAACUUACACGGAUUGGCAUGAUCUCGGGCUCGAUAAUGGCAUUUCCAAACGUCACAAAGGAGACCGGGAGUACCACCUUUCGGAGGAUUUCACAGAAUUAAGCUUCCUAGUUAGUCAUCAUAUUAGCUUUGCAAGCUUUGCAAGUUUUGCACCAGAACUUCUCAAAAGGUUCUCGAAGAUCACAAGGUUAAAGAUAUUUCAUCCUUUGUCCCGGGAGUAUCUUAACUUCCAUGAACGACUCGAUAUUGUUGCGGAAAGAUUUCCAAAUCUAAGAAGCUUCGAGCUGGGGACUUCUAAAAUAGGUAGUUGCAACAACUUACCCUCGUCCUCUAGCUCGUAUAUCUACUUUGGGAUUGGGCAACUCAAAUACUUGAGAGACGUAACUCUUCCCUGGCCAAAAAUUUACGGUGAAACUGUACAACCGCAAUGCCUACCGUAUCUUUGGGAAGAUUGGCUUGGAGUUAACGUUAAGGGAUUAGAGACAGUGGUUUUCAGCGGAGUGGACCGUGAGCACAAGUAUAUUGCUCCGAGGGGGUUUUAUAUAGCUGAUUAUAAAACAUAUGUACAAACUCGCGUGGGUUUUAAGGUUAAACUGGCCGAGGGGGGUCGCGAUUGCUGGUAUCAGGUAGUAGGUCAUUGGGUCGAGGGGAACCUUUCUGUAAAUGGAUCCUGCCUCACUAAACCUCUCGACUUUAGUUCCCGUCUGCCGUGUGAAUGGGGGAGCUGGUGGAGAGAAAGCCGCAUCUGGGAUGUAAAUGAUUGGCUCGAGAAUGGGGGUCUGGAUGAGGCCGACGAGAGUGAGGAUAUAUAUGAGGACGACGAGAGUGAGGAUAUAUAUGAGGACGCCGAGAGUGAGGAUAUAUAUGAAGACGAUGAGAUUGAGGAUAUAUGA